AUGUCGCCGUCUGCUGAUUCAACCACUGAUGAUACGUCCUCUGGGGCUCAGCAACUAUCCAUCGUUGUUACCGGUGGCGCAAGUGGUAUUGGGCUAGCCAUUACCCGUCACUUCGCUGCACAGGGCCACAAGGUGGCUGUCCUUGAUGUCAAUUCAAAGACAGGGCCUGAUGUCGUUGCGGAAGUGUCAAAGCAGUAUCCCCACGCAACAUUGAGCUUCAAAUGGUGCGAUGUUUCGUCUUGGGAAGGGCAGUACGCGGUCUUUGAUCAGGUUUAUCGCGAGCACGGAGACCGAAUCGACAUUGUUAUCGCCAAUGCAGGAAUCUCUGAUCCUGUAGUCGGAGCCCUCGAUUGCACGCCGACGGAGUUUCCACGCAAGCCGAAUCUGAGAAUGCAAGAUAUUAAUCUCAACGGGGUAAUUUACAGUGUUGGCCUUGCUGUGCAUUACAUGCUCAAGAAUGACAUUGGAAGUCGUCUCCCAAGUUCGAGAGGCUCCAUUGUUUGCACAUCAUCAUCCGCAGCCAUAUAUCCGUUCCCAGUCUCGCCGCUUUAUUCCGCCGCAAAGUCUGGGAUUAUAGGACUCGUUCGUUCCAUGGCUAUCAGGCUUGAAGAACCCAAGAUACAGAUCAACGCUCUUGCGCCCGGAGUCUUGGAAACAAACAUUACUCCAGAUAAGGAGCUCUUCAAGGCGAUGAUAAUCACACCACUCUCAACCUUGACAAAGGCUGUUUCGCAAUUUGUGACAGACCCCUCUAGGACUGGCCAGGUGGCGGAGCUGAAUGAGGAGACUAUUACAUUGAGACCUCAUGCGGACUACGCUGAUGCUGGGGCAGAGCAUAACAACAAGAUGUUUUACAAACUAGGUCAUGCUUAG